AUGGACACUCUUCCAUCUGAAAUCAUCCGGAAUAUCGUGUCGAAAUUGAUUGUCGCGGCGCGUUUAGUCCCUCACAUAAAUGAACGCUGUCCCAUAACCUCACUCGCAUCAUACGCAUCGGUUUCUCGACAAUGGCGGGACAUCGUCGAGUCUAUUACGUUUCGGCACCUAAUUUUAAAUUCUAGGAGACUUGAUGAAGCUCAGCGUGAAAACUACCUUACGCCGCUUCGCCUUAGCUACAUCCGAUAUAUAUGGUUCGAUUUCGAAUUUCCCGCACACAAUCUAACAGCAUCGACGAUUCCAGAAGAAGAUUACGAUGAUCACCUAGUUUUCAGCAAAAGUGUCAGACACCUCCUCGAAGUCCUUUCACGAAUCCCGCCUCGAGAGGCCCCAGUAGUUGGCUUGGAGAUAUUUAUAACGCCACCCAAAAAGUUCGCUCUUCGUUUGUUGCGGAAUGAAACGAAACGGUCUCGCGAAAGGACAGAGGUCCUGUUUGGAAAUGUGACGCCUUUCUAUGUCGAGCUAUUCAAAGACUGGGACGUGGAAAUUGCCCAGAUACCAGCUGUUUCCUAUUUCAGAGUCGAACCUGGCUCUCAAAGUAUUCUCUUCUCGCCAUCAUCCAUCAACCGCAUUGCUUCAAAGAUGCCACGUCUAUCAAAGGUGGAAUGGUGGCUUACCGACGAAGAGAAUAUUGAUUCGACUGCUGGGACGAGUCAAAGAACAAUGUUUUCAAGGACACUUGAGAUCAUUCCAACGUCUGUUCAGUCUUUUGCUCUAAGCUAUUUACGUCAGCCACCGCGAUCUGCAGUCGACCGUCCUAAUAGCACAGUUCCCCCAAGCGCCCAAGAGGAUGUUCUAAGUCUAUCCUUCUACUCCUUUACCCAAAGAAAAGGGCUGGACGAUUUCUAUCUCCUGGCCAGAGUUGACAGCACAAUCCUUUUGCCCCAACAGCCGAAAGAUGAUGCCAUCUGGCCGAGUAUACGUCUUUAUCACCUCGAACUCAAAGAGCAUUUGCCUUCAGGCGAGUGUAUAGCUCAAUGGCAGCAUGGCAAGGAAGGAUACGCGUACGAUCAAAGUAUCAUGGACAGAUUCGCCAUCGCUGCUGCGACCUGCGCCACUAGAAUGCCAAAGAUCGAGGAACUGAACAUUAUACACCAUGGUCGUACACAAAUUGGCAUCUGCUUUAACGCCAAAUCAGAAGAUGAGCCUUGUCUCGAGUUUGUAGGCCAGCCGGAAGUCCCUGAGGCAAGUGAGGAGACGCUGGCAAUUUGGAAGAAAGCAGUAAAGACUCAUGGACUACAAUGGAACGUGAAUGUCACAAAUGAGAUGGGUAAAGUGUACCACUUUUAUUAG